CAUCCUCCCAAUCCCACCACCUCGUCGUCUUCCUCCUCCUCGCUUCGCUCUUCGUCUGCUUCCUCUGUUCUUCGCGUCGCCCUCGCGUCACGUUACGGCCGCAGGGGCGCGGGGCCCGAAAAGGAGAAGGCGUAGUCGCGGAGGUAGCGGGGCGAGAUGAUCUCGCAGUUCUUCGUGCUGUCGCAGCGCGGCGACCACAUCGUCUUCCGCGACUAUCGCGGCGAGGUGCCCAAGGGCAGCGCGGAGAUCUUCUUCCGGAAGGUGAAGUUCUGGAACGACGAAGAGGCAGAGGAGGCGCCCCCAGUUUUCAAUGUCGAUGGGGUUAACUAUAUUCAUGCCAAGGUCGCCGGACUGUUUUUUGUGGUAACCACAAUGGUUAAUGUUUCUCCAUCUCUUCUCUUGGAACUUCUGCAAAGGAUCGCACGUGUUACAAAAGAUUAUCUCGGCGUUCUAAAUGAAGAUUCACUGCGGAAGAAUUUUAUUUUGGUGUAUGAAUUGCUUGAUGAAGUCAUUGACUUUGGAUACCCUCAAACAACCUCUACUGAGGUUUUGAAGUCGUACAUAUUCAAUGAACCAAUCAUGGUUGAUGCUGGACGGCUGCCACCUCUUGGUCCUGCUGCUAUGUUCAUGCAAGGCACGAAGCGUAUGCCUGGUACAGCUGUUACAAAAUCUGUUGUUGCUACAGAGCCUGGUGGGAAGAAGAGGGAGGAAAUAUUUGUUGAUAUUAUUGAGAGGAUAAGUGUGACAUUCAGCUCGAGUGGCUAUAUACUCACAUCUGAGAUUGAUGGAACAAUUCAAAUGAAAAGUUACCUUACUGGAAAUCCAGAAAUCCGUCUAGCUCUCAAUGAGGAUUUGAGCAUUGGAAGAACUGGAUCUUCUACAUAUGAUUACAGAAGUUCUUCUGGAGGAGGAACAGUCGUUCUUGAUGAUUGUAACUUCCACGAGUCAGUGCAUCUGGACAGUUUUGACAUUGACAGAACUCUGACUUUAAUACCACCGGAUGGAGAAUUUCCUGUUAUGAACUACCGGAUGACUCAAGAAUUUAAGCCUCCAUUCCGCAUAACCGCACUAAUUGAAGAAGCCGGGCCAUCUAGGGCUGAAGUUUUACUGAAAAUACGAGCAGACUUCUCUGCAAACGUCACUGCUAACACUAUAACAGUACAAAUGCCAGUGCCCUCCUACACAAUGAGGGCAAGUUUUGAGUUGGAAGCUGGAGCAGCUGGACAGACAACAGAUUUUAAAGAAGGAUCUAAGAGACUUGAGUGGAAUCUUAAGAAGAUCGUGGGUGGUUCUGAGCAUACUCUUCGUUCAAAGCUGACAUUUUCUCAGGAGUCACAUGGAAAUAUCACAAAGGAAGCUGGUCCAGUGAACAUGAAUUUCACUAUACCGAUGUACAAUGCUUCGAAGAUGCAGGUCAGAUAUCUUCAGAUAGCAAAGAAAUCCAAGACAUACAACCCAUAUAGAUGGGUGCGAUAUGUAACACAGGCUAACUCCUAUGUGGCUCGUCUGUGAGGAGUCAACGUUUGUACACUUUUUUUUUGUAUGUCUAUGAGUCAAUGUUGGUCCGUUUUUUGUAUAACUUGAGGUUAUUUUGGACAGAAUGGCGUGUAUUGUAAUUCGAUAGUGGAAUUCAAAAAUCACUCUGCUCCUGCUAUCCUGCCGUUGAACUCUUUGUGGGGUCAUUUUCUCCCCCUCUUUUGUGCAAUAUGUAGAAAUACAUUAUCAUGCUUAAAUGUUGCGAAAUGAAUGAAAUUCUUGUUCAUGGCA